UACACACGCCAAAUUGCAGUAUCCCUCACUGCCUCCUCUUCCUCCACCUCCAUUAGAGGUUUGCAGAAAUUUCUUCAAUGGCAACAACAAAUCUCUCAUCUGUCCGAUCAUCAAUAACAUCUUCAACACAGAACCCUCAUUAUACUUUCAAAACCCCAGUUUUGGUUAAACCCUUGUUGAACCUUAAACCAGCAAAUCCAAGCUCAUCACCACCAUUAUGUCAAUCACUGUCUAUAACUAAUCAAACCCAAAAAAGAUUCAAUCUUUCUUGCAAAAACCAAAAACCCACAUCUGAUUUCACCAUUGCAGCUAACCAAGAUGAUGAUUUUGAUGAUAAACUUAGAGAAGAAUGUGGUGUUGCUGGUAUUUAUGGCGAUCCAGAAGCUUCCCGUCUUUGUUAUUUGGCUCUCCACGCACUUCAGCAUCGUGGACAAGAAGGUGCUGGUAUUGUUACUGUUGAUCAGUCCGAAUUCAAGUACAUUCGUGGUGUUGGUUUAGUUUCUGAAGUUUUCAAUGAAUCAAAUCUUAAUCAAUUACCUGGUGAUUUAGCAAUUGGUCAUGUACGUUAUUCAACUGCUGGUGCUUCGAUGCUUCAGAAUGUCCAACCUUUUUUUGUUGAUUGUAAAUUUGAUAAAGUUGCUGUUGCUCAUAAUGGUAAUUUUGUCAAUUAUUCUUCACUGAGAGCUAAGCUUGAAGAAACUGGUGCUAUUUUUAAUUCUAGUUCUGAUACUGAAGUUGUUUUACAUCUGAUUGCUCAUUCAAAAGCUUCAAAUUUAUUGCUUAGUAUUGUUGAUGCUUGUGAACAAGUUAAAGGUGCAUAUUCUUUGGUAUUUGUUAUUGAAGAGAAAUUAGUUGUUGUUCGUGAUCCUCACGGGUUUAGACCGUUAGUUAUGGGUCGUAGAAGUAAUGGUUCUUAUGCUUUUGCUUCUGAAACUUGUGCAUUAGAUUUGAUUGAAGCAACAUAUGAGAGAGAAGUGCAUCCUGGUGAAGUAAUUGUGGUUGAUAAAGAUGGUCUUCAAAGUUUUUAUUUAACGCCUCAGUUUGAACGAAGAGCUUGUAUCUUUGAGCAUAUUUAUUUUUCUCAGCCGAAUUCGGUUGUUUUUGGUCGAUCAGUUUAUCAAUCGAGAAGGGAAUUUGGUGAGAUUUUAGCUACAGAAGCUCCUGUUGAUUGUGAUGUUGUCAUAGCAGUGCCUGAUUCAGGGGUUGUUGCUGCACUUGGGUAUGCGGCUAAAGCCGGGGUUCCAUUUGAACAAGGUUUGAUAAGAUCACAUUAUGUUGGAAGAACCUUUAUUGAACCUACGCAGAAAAUUAGAGAUUUUGGUGUGAAAUUGAAACUUGCACCGGUUAGGGGUGUUAUUGAAGGUAAAAGAGUUGUCGUCGUUGACGAUUCAAUUGUUAGAGGAACAACAUCUUCGAAAAUUGUUAGGUUGUUGAAAGAAGCUGGAGCAACAGAAGUUCAUAUGAGAAUCGCGAGUCCGCCAAUGGUUGCUUCUUGUUAUUAUGGAGUUGAUACACCAAAUGCAGAGGAGUUGAUUUCGAAAAGGUUGAGUAUUGAAGAAACUAGGAAGUACAUUGGGUGUGACUCGCUUGCUUUUCUUCCAUUUGAUAGCUUGAAGAAAUUACUCAAAGAAGAUUCAUCUGGUUUUUGCUAUGCUUGUUUCACUGGGAAUUACCCUGUUCCACCAGAACGCAAGGCGGUUAAAGUGUAAAAGUUAUUGGUAGGCAGAAAAUCAAGAAUACAGGUUAGAAGGAACCGGGUAUCUUUUGAAUAUCUUCCUUUACAAUUCAAUUCUUUUAUAUGAUGCUCUAUCAUUCAGGUCUCCAAAUCGAAUUUGAUGAUUAAAAGUGUAUAACAUUGAUGAAUGAAAUGUCUACUUUGUUA